AUGGUGAGGAGCAAAGCUUUGGCCCACUGUGGGUUGGUUCUGCUCAGUUUGUGGUUAUGUAUCCACUCAGUGCCUAUCGGUGUGGAAAAGGCUAAAGACAAGCCUGAGGCGGACAAACUGGAUCCACCUAAAAGUGCUGACACUGGCCUGCACUACGACCGCUACCUCAGGGAAGUAAUCGAGUACCUCGAGAAAGAUUCCCACUUUAGAGAAAAGCUGAAAAAUGCCAACUUGGAUGACAUCAAGCAAGGCAAACUGGCUAAAGAGCUGGACUUUGUCCAUCACAACUUUCGAACAAAGUUGGACGAGCUGAAGAGGGAGGAGAUGAACCGGCUGAGGAUGCUCAUCAAAGCCAAACAUGACCUCAAGGAGGAAAAUGGUAACAUGGACCACCAGGCUCUGCUGAAACAGUUUGAGCACCUCAACCACAUGAACCCACAUACUUUUGAGGUGGAUGACCUGGACCGCCUCAUCCAAUCGGCAACCAAAGAUCUGGAAAACUAUGACCAGAAACACCACGAUGAGUUCAAGAGGUAUGAGAUGAUGAAGGAGCACGAGAGGCGGGAGCGCCUGAAGAAAAUGAGUGAAGAAGACCGGAAGAAGGAGGAGCAGCACUACGAGGAGAUGAAGAAGAAACAUGCCAACCAUCCCAAAGUUAACCAUCCUGGCAGUCAAGACCAGCUAAAAGAGGUGUGGCAUGAAGCAGAUGGUUUGGACCCAGAGGACUUUGACCCCAAAACCUUUUUUAAAAUGCACGACACUAAUGGAGAUGGCUUCUUAGAUGAAAAUGAACUUGAAGCACUUUUCACUAAAGAGCUUGAGAAAGUGUACGACCCUAAAAAUGAAGAAGACGACAUGGUGGAGAUGGAGGAAGAGAGACUGAGGAUGAGGGAGCAUGUUAUGAACGAGGUGGACACCAACAAAGACAGGCUUGUGUCAAUGAGCGAGUUCAUAGCGGCGACUAAGAGGGAGGAUUUCCUUCAAAAAGAGGAGUGGGAGACUUUAGAUCAAAAUCCCUUUUACACCGAGGAGGAGCUGAGGGAGUAUGAGCAGCAACUGGCCAAUGAGGAAAAAUACCUCAACCACAGGUCCACUGAGCUGCAGAAACAAAGGGAGGAGCUCGAAAAAAAACAGGAGGAGCUGAACGCUCAGAAGGUGGAGCUAAAGCAGGCAAUGGAAGAAAUGGAAAGAAUCAAGACUCAAACUGUCAAAGCUGAAGUAAAACAACCAGGAGAACACUCAACAGAAAGUCCUCAAACACCAGUCGUACCAGCGCACAGCCAACCACUGCCUCCUGCUCAUCAGCAACAUCAUGUACCUGUGCCAGGACACUCUUAG